ACUAGUCAAUCUGCUGCAGUCAGUGCGUGCAGGAGAAAAUAAAAAGUAUUGAUCUUUUACACCAGUGUUGUUCGAUAUCUAACAUGUGUAUACAACAUGUUUCUGCUCUGUGAUGGAGACCCUCUUCAGGAUCUGUUUCUUUAUGGCCAUGAUGAGAUUCUCAGCUGCUGAGGAACUGAAGAGGAACCUGAAUGGAGUUGUUGGAGGAAACGUCACUUUCCCAGAUCCUGUGCUGGAGUUGGGAUUUCUCUUAGGGGGAAGAGGGACCAUUGCUUUAGUGAAUGACAGAAAACUUCAGAUUGUAGAGGAGAUUUACACAAACAAACUUAACUGGAACAGAAACUCUGGACUCUUUACCAUCACAGACCUGCAGAAGAACGACUCUGGAGUUUAUAAAGUUGACUCUAAAAAAGCACGAGUUUUUUAUAUAUCCUAUAAUCUCACAGUUUAUGAUGGUGCUCCGACUCCUGCAGUAGAAACCCUGACUGUGAGCUCUGACAGCUGCUGGUUGCUCUGUUCUGUGGACAAAGCCACGUCUCUGCUGUGGUACAAAGACCAGGAAGUACAGAACCAGAACAGUUCUGCUUCCUCUUUACCCAUCACUGUCCACAAAGAGGACAGAGACUCAUCCUACAGAUGUGUAGCAGCCAACCCUGCAGAAAACAAGACUCUCCAUGUUAACGUGAGGACAGCAUGUGGGUUCAAUGAGACAGAAAGUGGUGAUAACCCUAAGCAAAGAGCAUACUGGUCUGUAAUACCAGCUGCGAUCGCCCUGAUCAUUGGAGCUCUGGUCGUUUGGAGGGUCAAAAGGAGGCUUUCAGAGAAAAGACAAACAGAAGAUUAUGCGGAGGUUCAGAUAAAUAAUGAAAACCCUCAGGAUGGGACUUUUGCUACAUCGGCAGAAAGUUCUGACCACUUUGAUUCAACAGUUUAUUCAAAACUGAAGCUUCCUGAAGUGACGUCAGCAGAACCAGACCUACAAGCUACACCAACGUAGCAUCUCCAGACCUUCUGCAUUACAUUAUCCCACAGUCUACAGUGUACAUAGCUUUCUGUAUAUUUAUCUAUUUUGUUUUGUCUGCACCAUCAACACCAAGUCAAAUUCCUUGGAAGUGCAAACCUACUUGGCGAAUAAACUUGAUUCUGAUUCUGAAAAGGACGAAUCCCGGACUGUUUUAAAAGAAAUAUCUGCAAACUGUUAUAUUUAUCUAUUAUGCAUAAUUUCUGGUUUGGACCCU